AUCCGAGGCGCACACGGGCUCACUCAUCCCGACGACUCACGGGAGAACCGCCGAGUCGGACGGCAUCGUCGAUGGGCACGCACGUGACGUGUUUGGAUGAAGGCGAACCGCCAUCUGCGCCUCGCAGGGUUGUGCAACUUCACCUUCAACCUUUCAUGGAUGAAAGGGUUGCGCCGGUACUAAACAUGUCCUCAGCUGCAAGUUGUUUCAUCGAGCGACACAUUUCGAAAUUGGAUAGGGUGCCCCAUUGGAUCCCAUGCGCCAGGGCCCAACGACGAGUGAAUCCAACGACGAGCCACACCAGUUUGGAUCCCCGGGGAGUCUCAAAACGCAGAAGACGUCGGCCUUGACGAGUCAACAUCGUCUGUUUUCCAUACCCGACCGCACAGACGCAAUUCCGCCCCACUUCCCCAAGGACAGACCGAAAAUGCGGCGCAAACUGACCGAUGCGAAGAAGACGGGUAAACAAGAACGACCGCAAGCGGAAAUAGGAAGCGGAGAGGAGGUGGAUGACCAUGAGGUGAACAAGAUGAAUGACCAUCAGGCAAGC